UCCCACCCUUUCCCCUCAUUCCCUCCCGGGCUGCCCCCGGGUACGGACGUGCCGGAGGCGGCUCCUCGGCCCAGCCCUGCCAUGGACUGGUUCCACUGCAACCGCUGCUAUCGCCAGGAGGGCACCCAGUUUGCCGUCACCAGCUGCGGCCACAUCUUGUGCCAGGCCUGCGGGGGCACAGGUCCCUGCCCCGUCUGUUCCUCCGCCUGCCGAUACCUGCUCCUGUCCCACCAGAUGCGCCCCCAGGAUAAGCUUUUCUUCAAGAGUCCAGCAUCCAUCGCCCUCAGGCACCUCUCCCACAUCUCACAGGUGUGGCGGUUCCAGAUGUCCCAAGUGCAGCUGCUGCUGGAAUCUCUGCGGGACAAGGCUCGCCGGGCGCAGGCGGCGCUGGAGGAGGCCAAAGAGGAGCUGGCGGAGAGGAGGAGGCAGGUGGAGUCUCUUCGCCGGGAGAACGCGGAGCUGCGCCGAGCUCAGCUCUCCCCGGGCUGGCUCAGGGGCAGCCGCAGCAGCACCCCCCGCCCCAUCGGCAUCACCUCCCCCUCGCAGUCAGUGACCCCCCAGCCCCGCCGGCAGCUCAGUGGCCAGGUGGUCAGCCGCUCGGCCCCGCUGGAGCCCCCCCAGUCCCGCAGCACCCCACUAUGGCAGCCACAGGUGGGCGGAGCCUACAGGGAGUCAGGGACACCCGUGGUCUCCAGCGUGGCCCCGUCUCCAGUCUCCGCCCACGGGCAGGGCCGCAGGGCCACCCCCGGACCCUCCCUGUGGGUCCCCUGGGCCACCCCGGCCCUGUCCGGAGCCGCCUCUCCUGUGCCCCCCGUGACUGGGACAAGCGAGGGGCAGGGUCCCCCCCCGUGGCCGGCGCGGGGCCGUUCCCGGUGGGAUCGGGAUCCCCUCGGGAUCGGGCCGGAGCCCCGGCGGUAGCGGAGCCGCGGGAGGAUUCCCGGGAAUGUUGGGAGAAUUCCCGGGAUUCCUGGAGAAGUUGGGAAAGGAGGAGAGUUCAAAAAA